AUGGAGGGUACAUUCAACUUUUCCCCCGAGGUGCCGGACUUUUCCACAUCGGUGGAUAAAUCCCCUCUUAAUCAGCGUGGGUGGACUUUUCAAGAGCGGCUCCUGCCUGGACGUACAGCACACAUAACUCAACAUGGAGUCUUCUGGAACUGUGUAGAGCUUGCUGCGUGGGAAUUCGAUCGUCAAGGACGCUCCACUGGUCCCCAACUCGGCAGAUAUAGUAGCACUCUGCACAUGUACAGACGGUGGAAGCUGGAAGAAGAAGAAGAAGCAGCCGAAAGUUUCAACAGAGUCUCUCGCGCUUGGAUUGGACUGUGUAAGCAGUACUCGACUCGACAGUUCUCCAAGCCUACCGAUAAGCUGCCAGCUCUCUCAGGAAUAGCGAAGCUUUUCCAUGCCAAGUACUAUGCUGGCGCCGAAUACCUGGCCGGUGUGUGGUCCAGCGAGCUUCCUGAAGCCCUGGCAUGGCAUACAGUCUUCAGCACAAGUCAAGUAUCGCGUGUCUCAGAAAGCGGAAAGAAUAGUGGCCUUCCAAGUUGGUCAUGGGCAUCGGUGCAGACAAAGAUUGAAACACCUCUCGAUGAAUACUUUACGCCUUCAGGCAGGGGAUACUCUGCAGAGGUGGUGAGCGUCAAUGUCGAGCGAGCGACUCGAGACCCGUUUGGGCACGUCCGUCGUGGCGUGUUGCGGCUGAAAGGCCGUUUCAAGUUUCUCAAGCUGCGUACCCGCGGGUUUACAAGUGUGCUCAACGAAGCGAGAGUGGUUUUCACCACAAUCAUCGACGGAAAAGAGUACGGAGAGAAUGAGAACAACGCGAUCCACAUCGACGAGCCGAAACAUUUGAAUGAGAUGAAAGGGACACAAAGGACAGAAUUCUUGUUGCCAGCAUUCAUCCUGUUCGAGAAUAAGACCUGGGACCAAUGGUUUAUUCUAUUGCUAGAACAAUCAAGAGUCAUCGGCGAAACUAAUGUGUAUCGUCGUAUAGGUCUGUAUGUGACCUCACAGACUCGCGUUGCCGAACCGGACCUGAAGCAAGGCUGGGAGGAGACGGAGAUUGACCUUACCUGA